AUGUAUUCUUAAAGAUUUCCUUCACUUGAAUAAGGCACACCAAAAAUAUUAUCUAAAACAACAUUCAAGUUUGACAUUAGAUCGUAUAAGACUUCAGAGGAUUUGGGGGUGAAAUAACAAGGAUAAAGUGUUUAAACCAAAAGACAAAAAACUUAGCCUAGUUUGAAAUAAAUGCCUGUUUUCAAGAAAUUAGUAUAGAAGAAAUUAUUCAAUUCAUUGGUUAAUCCUAUGUAGCAAUUCGAAAUGCCUUGCAAUUGGGAAUAAAAGUAUCUGGAUAAGGUAAAACAAUUAAUUAUGUAAAUUGAGGAAAAAGAAUGUACGGAAUUAUAAGAAAAAAAUCAAGAGCAAUAAAAGACAAUCGAGUAACUAGAGAGGAAAUUCUUAUCUCUAAAAUUGGCUUAUGAAAGUUUACAAGAUGAAAAAUAGGAUAACGAUGUUUUGAAUAUUAGGAAGUAAAUGAAUUCAUUGGAAUCUGAAUUAAAAGAUCAAUUGCAGAGGACAGAAUAAUAACUAUGGAAAACCUAAGAACAAAAUUUCUAGAUUCAAGACAAAUUUAAAUAAUUUGAAUUGAAAGCAAAGUUUUUGUAAUAAUAAACAGUAAAAGAGAUUUAACUUUAGAUUCAUCUUCACCAUGAGUUGCUUUGUAAAUAUUGCGGGAAAUUUGUAAAUGAUGCAGUAACCAUUAUUCCUUGUGCACAUACCUAUUGUGGUACAUGUAAUAAAGGAUAUUAGAAAAAAUGCUUCUUAUGUGGCGAUGAAGUAUUUAUAGUUGAUUAUAAUUUUAAUAGAGCAAAACUGAAGCCACAUAUUACAAUCAGUUUAUGAGUGAAAUAGUUAAAAUGUAUGAUACUUUCUAAACAAUAGUACAAAUAUUUUUAGGAUGA